AUGGAAGAUCAGCAAGGUGAACAUGAAAGUCGUCUCGGUCAACCUCCGCGGCCGGAUUCAGACGAUAACCUACGGGCAAUUUCCGACGUCUCCAGAGAUGGCUUCCAUCCUCCUCAUAACUUGGAGUCGGAAGAAUCUCUAUCCCUGGCCCAGGGCAAUCCCACGCCCUCCAGUCCACUACCCGUCGCCGUUACUAUAACUGAGCUACAGGGCCAGGGUCAACUUGUUGAUUCUGACGCCGACGGCUCCGCCGAACGAGAGCCCUUCCUUGGGCCUUUGGACAGCCAGAACUCGGGGCCGGAGCCGCAGACUCGUCUUGAAAACUCCCUCAAUGGAACGUUCUUGGCUGCUCUAUCAAGCUCGCCGAGGAUUGCAGACAAAGAUCAUGUAGUGUUACAAUCUCUCCGGCGGGACGAGGCAGCUACACCGAAAGCUACUCGUCCAAAAGUCAAACCGUUUUGGAAAGUAUGGAUGCUUGAGAUGGCCUGCAUUUUGCUCAGCUUCUCUACCUUUAUUUUAAUCGUUAUGGUACUCUCUAAAUUCGACCAGCAGAGUGUGCCGGAUUGGCCAUUAAAGGUGACGCUGAACACGAUGCUCUCCUUUUUCGUCACGCUGACGAAGGCGGGCUUUAUGUUUCCCGUCUCAAUCGCCAUCAGCCGAGCGCAAUGGAGCUGGUUUCUCCAGGAGAGGCCUCUCUACGACUUCCAUGUCUUGGACCAGGCCAGUAGGGGCGCCUGGGGCUCUCUGGUCCUGUUAUGGCACAUCCGCUGCAGCCACUUUAUCGCACUCGGGGCGAUUCUCAUGGUUGUGAGCACCCUGACGUCUCCGGUUACGCAGCUGGCCAUCAACUACGCCGUGCGAGACGUGGCGGCUUCCGGGGAGGCCAAUACCUUCGCUGUCCGUACCAUCAUGUCGCCACAAGACCUCAUUGGCUGGGCGACGCAUAAGUCUGCGUCAAUAACUACAGUAGGGGACAGUAUAGACACGACAGGGUUUAUACUUCCAGUCUCUCCGUUUGGAGCGUUUUGCUCGACUGGAAAUUGCACCUUUGAUAGGUUCCAGUCGUUGGGCAUCUGUAUGGAGAUGGCAAACAUAUCGUCGUACCUUCACAUCCAAGAGUUCAAGGAUCCAGGGCCAUUGCAGAUGUCAUUACUUGGUAUUCCUAACGGCUCGGACAUAUUCCCGGGGGAGACAAUAUGGAAGGCGUCCCUACCUGGCGAUUACAAAAUGAUACACCAAGGCAAGUUGGAAGUGCUUACGGAUAUACUGACUGGACAUGAUAGCUUCGGAUUUCAAAAUAACGGGACCCUAUUACGGACCAGAAUUGCGUCCUUGGUGCUCAUCUAUACUGUUCCAGUGAUUGACAACAUCACUUCGGACGACCCUUACCUCGCUGACUUGGAGGGGUUUGCAAAGUGGAUGCCUGCUGAUCCCGAGAUCCAGCAUGAGGCUUUGGAAGUUAUAUUCUACCUCUGUGUUCAGUCCUACGAGACAAGUUUCCGCAAGGGCGUGGAGACGACUAGCCUGGUCGGCUCGCUAGCCAAGCCGCUUGAGCAAGAAACCCAUUUUUUCCUGGACGUGAAUUGCACAUCUCGGUUGAAAGAAACAAAGACUUCACAGAGUUGCGGGAGUAACAAGUCUCGAGGGAACGAUACGAUUCGACUUGAGAGUCCAGUCCAGGCCCACAGAGGGCUAAAUUCAUCAGAAGGAGAUUUCAGCGCGAACUAUGGCUCCAUGGAAGACAUGGCGACUGAGAUAAAACGGAGCCUUACAGGCGGCGUGCGCCUCCUGUACGAUCCUCGCUAUUAUCCAGACCCAGAUACAUGGACCAUUGGAGCUGAUUUCGUAGGAAGCAGCCUCGCAGGUGUCUUCUUUGAGCCGAGCAACAUAAUCAACCAAACCCGCCGCAAUGCUUGUGUGCAAAAUCUUUAUAUGAACUUUGCUACCACUUUGUCUUCAACACUGCGAGCUGUUACGCCUAGAAGGUACACGAUUAACGCCUACAAUAUCACUGGUAAAGCCUGGAAGGAAGAAUCCUACGUUUACAUUACUUGGGGAUGGAUCUCGUUCCUCGCCAUGGAGCUUAUAACUGCGACUGGCUUCCUAACUCUUUUAAUUGUUACCGAAGGCCGUCUUGCUAGUAGCCAGGUAUCAAGUCCAGAGGACCGUCUUGUAUUCCAGGAUAUCAAAGACUCAUCCUGGGCAGUACUCGUUGCUCUCAACAAGGAGUGUCACGGUGCAGCCGGCGGUGGGAUUCAACCUAUGGAUGAACUAAAGAAGACUGCAAGAAGUCUACGGGUGAAGCUCAAGGGAAAUCAAGUUGUACCCCAAGAGGGUACCGCUGAAAUGCCAUCUAGGGGUGAUUAG